AUGUGUUAUACAUUAUGUAAUCAAUUUGACGCGGCAAUCGACUAUUAUCUGAAAUCAUUAACAAUCGUUCAACAACCACAACAAAUAUUUUCUAUCAACAGUACUAAACUUAUUAAUAUAUAUUGUAGUGUUGCUUAUUGUUAUUAUAAAAAAUUUGACUUUGAAAUGGAAAUGCAAUAUUAUAUAGAUGCAUUAAUUAUUUAUCAGAAAACAUUAAAUAAUGAUCGAGUAAACGAAGUUAAAAAUCUUUGUAAAAUAAUUGCUUUAAUCUAUGAUAAUGAAAAUGAAAAUAGUAGAACUAUUGAACGUUUUAAAAGGUUAUUCAAUGUAUAUUUAGAAAAAAAUCCACAUGAGAAGAUGAUUUUGAGUGAUUUGAAUUUCAAAAUUGGAGCAUAUUUAUCGAAGAAAAAGAAAUGUGACUUAGGGAAGCCGUCAAAAUUCACCGGUAAUUUGAUUGGAAACAAAAUUGGAACAGUAUUAUUCAAUAUGCCUGAGAAAAAGAAUAUGGUAUAA